UGUGUGUGUGUGUGUGUGUGUGUGUGUGUCUGUGUGUGUGUGUGUAGAGGAAGAGUAUGUCUGUUAUUGACACUCCAGAAAUUUGAAAACUUGUACAGAAUUGCAGAAAUUCUUGCAAACCAGAACUGACUCAACCAAAUAUAUGGAAUAAAUGGAAUAAAGGUGUGGGAUUAUAGUCGGAUGAUAAAAAUUAGAUAAGUUGCAAAGAACCCCCAAACCCAGCUCUUUGAUUUUGAAGGGUGUUAACCUCCCUGUCCUGUAACAGUUUGCCAAAUGCAGUGAAUUGGUUUUACGUCAAUGAUCUACCCGUGUUAUGCCAUUUAUAGAACUGUUUGUUCCCAUCAUUUCCAUAGUGCUCAGGUAGGGCCAGCAUGGAAACCGACCUGACUCCCUCCCUCUCCGGACCUGUGGCAUGCAGAUUUCCUCUCUCUCCACACAGCAGGAUUCCUGCUUGACUCCUGCUUGACAGUUUGGGGAACAUUAUGGCACCUGUCCCAACUCACCAAGCCUGGAAGGAGGACUGAUAUUUAUCAUGGCUCCGCUACGGGCAGAUGUUUGGCAAAUUUCUCUUACUGACCCUCCUCGCUAUCUGGUGAGGCAGGUAUUACACAUUUUUUUCCAAGUGAGGAAACAAGGGCACAGGAAAGUGGUUUUUUGUUUUGUUUUGUUUUUUGUAAACUAGAAACCAAAGGCAUAUAUCUUGAGAAUACAACAUAGUAGGAACUCAGAAUGUACAUAAAACAUGGAGGAUGGCAGGGCUGGGGCCAUGGGGAGCCACAGAGCCUGGGAAAAGGUGCACCUGAGAGGCUAAAGAGUCAGCCAAGAGCUGUGACAUGGGACUCUGGAUCUUGCAGCCUCGCCCAGGAACCUCUGCUGGAAUUGUGUUUGGCUGACAGAAGGACACGGGUGGGAAGAAGCUAUGCUGCAAGUGCUUACUACGUGCCCAGCACUGUCCAUAGUGGAACAGUGAACAACGCUUACAAUGUCAGGAGGUCACUCCUGGAGUUUCUAUUCUAGCGGGGAAGAUAGACAGCAAGAAUAAAAUAAACAGGCUAUCAAAUGAUGAUAGAUGUUAUGCAGAAAAAUUAAGCGGACAAAGGAGAUGCGGCCAGAUGGCAGCGGGGAGAAGUGCAGCCAUGCUGGGUGGCCAUGGAAGAAGUCACUGGUAAGGUAAUAUUUGAGUAGACACAUAAAGGGGGUGACUGGUGAGGCUCGGCAUCUCAGAAAGAGUAUGCAAGCAGAGGGGACAGGGAGUCAAAGAUCUUAGCAUGGGGAUGAGCCUGGCAUGCCCGAGAAACAGCAAAAAGGCCAUUAGGGCCGGAGCACUGUGGGUUAGGAGAAGUGGAAGAGGUGAAGUUAGAGGUAAUGGGGCCAGACGGUCCACAGCCUUGUAGGUGAGUAGAAAAAUAUGGACUUUUAUUUUGAAAGAGAUGUGAAGGUAUUAGAAGGCUCUGAGCAAAGGCUCUGAUCGAACAUUUUGAAGAAACACUCCUGCUGAUGCAGAGGACAGAGGCAGCAGUAGGGAGAAUGGACAGGAGGCUACGGCCACAGCCCGGGGAACAGAUAGUAGUGGUGGGGACCCGAGUGGUUGCAGUGGAGGGCGUGACAACUGGGUGGAUUCUGGUUAUGCCAUGGAAAUCUUUCCAGAGUUGAAACAAUGUCCAGGCAUAUGCUAGUGGAUGGGCAUAAUGAUUGGUUAUAUCCAAUAGGGUUUUCAGGGUCAGUAAAAGACCUUGGUCAAGAACAGUCAAAGCAAAAUCAAUAACAUCUUUUAACCAGAACAAUAGGCAUGAAGAGCGGAAAGUUACCCUAAGGACGCCCUCAGUCUUAUGAAUGGAGAUUUUAAAUAAUGUAUUAGUGUUCAUGGUCCAAAAAUUAAUCAAAACUAAACUUGAUCAGAUUGGUCAUUGUGUUUAUUGCAUGUAUUUGAACAAUGAAGUUCUUUUUUUUUUUUUCUGGAUUCAAGUCCAUAAACUAUUUUGAAAUGCAUGCCAGUUAUUUCCAGAAUGCAGAACUGCUUAAAGGUCAUGAGUAUUAUUCAGAGUUAUUGAGGGCCUGGAGCAUAACAAAGAACAAAUAGUUUCCCAGUUAUUGGUACUACAAGUAUAUGGUUCUCUCUAGGUCUGAGGAGGAGAAGAGUGGAUUUCAAGUUAUCAUUGUGCUCUGUUAAAUUAACUUUAGAACGAGGCCUCCCAUUUACCAAAUCAUAGAAUGAGGGAAAGAACCUGGAGCGGAAACCCAGUCCAUCUUAGAUACACUCCAAUGAGGCAGUUUUUAAACACUUUUCUGAAAGAGAAUAAGGAACAUGUGGCCCUUCACUACCAAGACGUGGCUGAAGAAAAGGAAGCUGGCCCGAUCAGGACCGGCUCUGCCCUCUAGUUCAUCACUGCAUCCCUAACACAGUGCCCGGGGAUACAGCACAUGCUCAGUAAACAUUCAUUUGAGUGAAUCAACAAUUAAAGGAAUGAAUGGCCAAGUCUUAAUUGACAUUGUUCUAUCCCUUUAUGGAAUAAAUAUUACAAGUGAAGAAUAACACAUAGUGAUUUUAUAAUAGACCCCUUAGUUCAGCCAGACCUGACUUCACCCCUUGCUUUGUCACUACAUGCUGUAGAGCUGGUUAGGUUCUUUGAGCUUAUGUCUCGUUUUCUUCAUCUGUAAUAUCAGGAUAAUAAUACUGACCUCCUGGGCUUGUCCUGAGGAUUAACUAAAAUAACACAUAAAAAGGAUUUAACACAUAGUUGUUAGUUCCCGUUACCAACACUAAAAUGGCAUUUAAAUUACCAAAAUAAGUUUUAUAAAGAUGUCAUCUUGUAGAUAAGCUUUUAAAUUCCUUUUCCUUUUGUUAUGAAGAAGCUCAAAUAUAUAUAAAAGUAGAAAGUAUAAUGAGUAUCCCUGUACCCAAUACCCAGUUUCAAUAAUUAUCAGCUUGUGACCGGCUGGUCACCCUCUUCCUGACCCUUUGGAUUAUUUUGAAGCAAAUCCCAGACAUCGUGUCAUGUUAUCUGUAAUACUUCAAUAUGUAUUUCUAACAAUAAUAAUAAUGAUAACCAAAAUCCCAUAUCACACUUAAAAAUAAUUAAUAAUGAUUUCUUAAUUAGGUGAAUUGUUGGUCUCCAGGAAGCCACAGGGAAAAAGAAGAGAAUCAGGUCUGUCCAAGGCAGGGGCUUAGGCAAGUUCUCUCCAGACCCAACACGAUGGAGGCACCCCUGUCACUAUCAAGGUGGACUCUUCCUGCUGAUGAAUUAGAGGGGGGAGGGCAGGGGAGGAAGGUGGGUAAUGAGUUGGAAGCCAGCAUUUCAUGCUUGAAGCAAAGUAGAGCAGACAUCUCCAGUUAUCUGUCAUUUUCUUCCUCCCAAAGCAAAUGUAUUUUCACUGGAAAUAAUUCUGUUCAAAUUCUUCUGCUUCCAAAUUGGGAGGAUUUUAGGAUUUAAUUUUACCUUCUCAUCUACCUGAGACAUCGUGGCAGAAUUGGCUUUUAGGCAGAUUAUAUCACACAACCAGAGAGCUCAUUGAAUGGUUAUAGGACUGGUUUGGUUUCUGCAAUUUAACAUAGCACAAAAGUUCACAUGUCUUUGAGAGAAUUCAGUUCUUAGUAUAUUCUGUGAUCCUCUCCCUUCCCCUCUAAUUGUCCCUUAUUCGUUCUACAAAAGUCAGUAACCCAGUGGAAACCCUGAUCUUACUGUUGGCCGCACUAUUUAUUAAACCUUGAAUUAAAGUAUUUUUCCUUUUUUCUUAACUGGAAUUUGGGGUAAUUGGGUUGCUUUGAAAUAAGAGCUAUUUGUGCAGAAGAUAUGGAACAUCAGUAGUUCAAACACAGGUUAUCACCCCCCUGCCCCCACUUAAAAGCCAAGGUUAAUGUGGAGCUCCUAGGUGGCUCAGUCGAUUGGGUGUCCGACUCUUGAUCUCAGCUCAGGUUUUGAUCUCAGGGUCGUGAGUUCAAGCUUCACAUCGGGCUCCAUGCUGGGCAUGGAGUCUACUUAAAAAAAAAAAAAAAAAAAAAAAAAAAAACAAGGUGAAUGCAAAGUCUAGAGCUCACUGGGUAAAGUCAGUGAGUAAGUAGGUGUUGCUGAGACAUCUAGAAAACAAGGAGCACCAGAGGGUACAAAGGGAGCCUAAGAUCUGUUGCAUGUUUCUUCCUUGAAAGCCUUCGUUCUCUUCUGAGCAAUGGAAAUCCCACCUGGAGGAGAUGAGGGGUCUGGUUCUGAAGUUGGACACAGCAUGGAGGCACUGGAAAGCCUGGCGUUAUCUUCACAAACCCCUCUAUAGUGCUCUGGCAGUUAUGUCUACUCUCCUUUACAAGUAGGCUUUGGAAGGCAGGGGCAAUGUCUAUCUUAAUCGCUGCUGCACCCUUGCUGCUGAGACUAAUCAGGCAGCAAAUGUCUGUUCCUUGUUACUGAGGGAAGGAAUGAAUGAGAACUCCUUCACGGCCCUCCCUAGUACUUACUACAGAGGCUACUCUACCAAGGACUUAAAAGAGACUACAGAGGUAUUUCCUCUUUUGACCUAAAAAUCCUCACUUGAAAAAAUUAUGACUUUCUUCUUGGGCUUUAAUGUACAAUUUUAGUGCCUCUACAAACAUGCAGUUAGAAAAAUGGUAAGAAAAAUAAAUAUAAUGAAUCAUAGGCAAAGAACAGAUGACCUAGUUCGAUCAGAUUUCAAAGAAGAUAUGAAAAAGAUAGAAUGUAUGUCAAAAUGAUUGUCCUCCACAUUCAACCUUUUAAGGACUCAUGUAGUUUCACAGUUCCGAAUCUUCCUCAGAUGGCUGGAAACAGAGGGUGGGAAUGGAAAAGGAAGAGCAUUGGUUGAGUGGGGCCCCGGGGCCGCCAUGGACUGGGAAGACAGAUGCAUGGGGCAGGGAAGCCCUGUGGAGAGCCAGAGGGUGUAGAGGGUCUGAGAUAUACCCAGGAAGUUAGAGAGCUUCCAAGAAGGGAGGAAAAGGAAGAAUCAACCAGAGACCCCACCAGCUUGAACCACGAUCGGGAGCCCGGGUAGCUGUAACUGCCAAGAACAUUUCUCAGAAUCACCCUGCCAGCCACCAGCAUGUGGCUGGCAGCACCUCUGCCUCCCAGGGCUAGAUUCCCUGAGGGCCUCACGAGCUGCUGGAUUCCCCCACCUUCAAGUACCUUGCACAAUUCCUGCCCUACCCUGCCCUGCAGUCUGCCAAUCCUCAGUGUUUUGCCUUUUCAGAGCUGACAAAGUCCCAGUCCCAACAAAAACAAGCUUCCACAUUGAAGUGACUUAUGGCAAAUAUUUUCUUAAGUGAUUUCUAUACUUUUAUAAUAACCCUAAAAUAAUAAACAACAUAGUGUCUUGACAAAGUGAAAUUGUAGUGGCUUCAAGGAACCAUGGUUAAACCCACGAGGGGAUGUCCAGCAUGAGAAUUCUCCAGUUUCCUCUUCUGUCCAGAGCUGUGCUCUCAGUGAGGGGACCACUGGUUGUCUGACUGGUCGUGCUCCAACCAUGACGCCUAAACAUUGCUUUCUAGGCUUCCUCAUCAGUUUCUUCCCGACUGGUGUCAUAGGUAAGUGCUUCACUUCUUUUUAAUUGCUCACGACUUUGUCAUCUGAGUCUGCUCAAGGGACUGUUGGAAAUGGCUCUAGUGCUUUUCUUGGCUUUGUCCAAUUGUCAGCUUUCUUCUGACAUGAAAUGGUCAGAACAGACAUGGGGUCAGUCUCUCUCUGCAGCCUGCGUAACUCCAGGUGGACUUAAUAUGUAGCUACUAAAGAGGAGACACUUAAGAAACUUCAUACUUCUUUUGCCUUCAAGGGACACUAUAGCAUAGUGGUUAUGAGCAGGCUCCUCAGCCAGACGACCUGAGUCUGGAUCCCAACUCUGCCAUUUACCAUCUAGGAAACCUUGGGCAAUUGACUUUACCCCCGCUGUGCCUUAAUUUCCUCAUCUGUAGGAUGGGGAUCGUAAGUCACUGUGAGGAUCACACGAGUUAAUAUAUACUCAAGUGCUUAGAGCAGUGCCUGACAGAAUAGAGACCAUAAACUGCAUGUGAGAAUUUGCUGUUGGUCUUCACAGAGAACUUUUUAAGAGCAGAGAACAACUUGUCACCCCAAGAUAUCUCUGAUCAAAGCCAUUAACACCCCCCCCCAUUAAAGAUAGGUACCUCUCAGUGUAAAUGACUCAAGUAAUGUUCCCAAGACAAUACAGUUGCUCAGGGACUGAUAACAUAAAAGCAAUUCAAGCCCUCAUUGUUCAGAAAUGUAUGGAUUUGAGUAGACUAUACUUUUUGUCCUUGGCAAUAGAAAGGACUCGUUUAGCAAACUAUGGCGGGAAACUAGUGCUGUCAAAAUGAUUCGGGGCUCUACAUGUUACCGGGCCUGUAACUGGGGGCAAGAACCACAAUGUCCUUAAGCCUCAACUUCCCCAUCUGUAAAACGUGCUACCUUAUUCAGUGGUUGUGAAUAUGGGAUAAGACGUAAGGCUUUCAGCACAGUGCCUGAUACUUGUCUAAUGUUCCUAUGUGUUCAGUGGUCGGUGAAUGCCACAGAAGGAGGAGGAGGGAAAGAGGGGGAGAAAGAAUAUCCUCACCCCUCAUUGUUUUUCCGCACCGUUAGCUCCCCUCUCUGAGGCUUUGCUCUUGGUUUCUGUGGUGGGUGACAGGCAGGCUCUGCAGUCAGAUGCCUGGGUACAAAAUCAGCGUCAGCAAUUUUGUCUGGAAGAGGGAGACUGCAAUAGUCCCCUUUUUGUCGAACAGCUGGGCAGAUUGAGUUAAGGCAGGUACAGGCCCUCAGCACCUGGUACACAGUGAUUUGGUCUUAUUGUCGGAGGGAGCAGCAGUGAUGGUACAAAAGUGAGACAAGAAAUCCAGAGACAGAGGUGCUAAAGGACAUUGAACUGACUAUCUUCAGGGGUGGCAAACCAACUCUAGGCGCAGGAUCCAGGAGAUAGUGUUCCUCACGUCCUGACACUUCUGGAAUUUUUCUGUAUUACAAGGACUGAUCUGGUCGUGAUUUGGCUGAGCUAAAUCAAUGGCGGCGGUAGGCUCUUUCCAAGGACACACCACCAUUUGACACACUGAAGGAGUUCCAAAAAAUAAAAAUAAAAGCAAACAAAAACCAACCAGCCCCCUUCAUUAGACCAUAACAAAUCUUGAAUGUUCAGAGCUGAGAUCGUGGGCUCAGAAGUACAUUCUUGCAUCUCAAUAAUUUUUUGAGCAAAGGUUUAAAGGAGGUGAAGAAAGGAGGCGUGCAGAGUUCCAGGGUGGAGCAGGGCCAGUGCAGGGACACACCCGGCGGGAGCACACCCAGCACGGUGGGGCAGGAGACAGGAGAGCAUCCUGGAGAAGGGGGCGUCUGGUAGGAGAUGAAGUCAGGGGAAAAGACGAGGUUGUUUCCUGAUGCCCUCUCCUUCUGCCCAACUUCCUAUCCCUGAUCGGAAAGGUCACACUUGUUGGUGAGGAAAACUUCACCUCUGCCCCAUCUUAGGCUUUCAGCCUAAGUUAACAAAAAGGCAGAUUAACGAGAGAAAAACAAAUCAUUCAUUAACACGUGCAGCACGUAUCAAGAGGGAGGAACAUAAGCGAAGAGUGACUCAGAUGGCGGUUUAGUAUUCCAGCUCAUCUGGCAUCUUCAACAAAGAGCGAUACAUUCACACAGACCUGAUGGGACACAGGAAGGCAGGUUUAGGCUUCUGAGGGUGGCAAACUGUGGUAAGGUCAAUAUACGGGAGGAAACUAAUGGAAGGUUUGUUGGCAGACUCCUCUGGCAUCCUCCUGGGCCGAGAAGUCUGUCUCCAAUAAAAGGAGAAUUUAUAUCUUGCCUUUAGGCAGAAAAGGGGGAGGGUAUCGAGACUUCUCCUGUGUUUGUUGCUUCUUCAUUGCCUUCAGCUCAUAAUAUAUUUUUUUUAAAUGUCUAAGAGGCCUAUUUUAGAGUGACAUGGUCUAGUUUCCUUCAGAUUCUAGAAUACAAUUUUGUCAGAGUCUCUUGCCGCCACGGGACUGAAUGCAGGUGAGACUGAUCACCCACUCAGUGAAUGAAGGAACGAAGCAUAAGCCACUGACAGUACACACUUACCCUCUCCUGCUGCCAUUAGACUCAAGAUUCUUUUCAGGAACAGUGGGCCCCACAACAGGGCCUUGGACGGUCUCCCCUGAUAGCAUGGACGGGUUCAUCUCAGCAAUUAUGCUUGAGUUCUUGGAGCCAGGAUGCAAGCUGAAACUCAGUCAGCCCACGAGUGUCUGAAACCCCAGAGAGUACAUUUCCAGUCUCGAAAUUUUCACAACAUUUUGCACUGGCAGCCUGGGAGGGCUUGCACCAGCAACAGCAGUAUCUAUUUUGUGCAGUAUAAAACGUAUGGACAGAGACAAUGGAAAAAUAAAGAAGACUGUUGGGGUAUUCUAGAAUUCUUUUGCGACCUUACUAACGAAACAUCAGAUAUACAGGAACCUUACUAUGGACGGGUGAGGACCACCUCGGCUGGGAUCCACUCGGGCUGGACCAUGACGCAACGUUUCACUCCCUGGUGGGAAACAAAAAUAGAUCCUCCCGUCAUGAAUAUAACCCAAGUUAAUGGAUCUUUGUUGGUGAUUCUCCAUGCUCCAAAUUUACCAUAUAGGGACAAAAAAGGAAAAAGUGUAUCAGUAGAAAAUUACUAUGAGCUAGUAUACCGAGUCUUUAUAAUUAAUAAUUCACUGGAAAAGGAGCAAAAGGUAUAUGAAGGAGCCGGCAGAGUUGUUGAAAUUGGAGCUCUGGCACCUCACUCUGUUUACUGUGUGGUGGCUGAAAUGUACCAGCCCAUGCUAGACAGAAGAAGUCAGAGAAGUGAAGAGAGAUGUGUGGAACUUCCUUGAAGGAGUAUGGAGUGCUCCACAACAUGGAAAUCGAAAACUCUCUGAGAAUGGGAUGGCUCAUGGUUGAAGGAUCUCACUGAAAGUUGUGUUUAUAUUUUCUUGAUGCAGCCUUCACCAUUACACCUCGGGGAACUCUUUGUUUAUCCAUUCUUUCUUCCUUUACGUUGUAUUUGUGAACUAACUUAAGCAACACUGCUCAAAACAUUGGAAUUUAAAGAGGAGGCAGAGAAUAAAGGGCUCUCUGAAAUGCAGAACUUUAUUUCUCAAUGUAACAUCCCAACAACAAUCUGCAUUUGCUCUAAGCUAAAUAAACAUUUGAGAGCCAAGGUAAGAGUAGGCAUUUAACAAACUAUUGUUGGAUUAAUUUUUUUUAAGAUAACAUUACAGACAGAAGCAAUCCUGAAGCAAUCCUUUUUCACUCUCUAUUGAGACAGUUAACUUGACAUAGAUAGGCCAAUUUUUGCAUAACUGGAACUUUUACCUGAAUGAAUAUUUUCCCAUACAUUUCCUAUUUCAUAUGAAUAUACUGUCUCAUACAUUUCUAUUAUAAGAUAUUUCUACUUAAUGAACUAAUAUUUUCUUUUAAAUUCUAUGUAAAUAAAAAU